UAUGCAUGACCUUGGGUGUCAGUGGAGAGAUGAUGAAAGAAAUUACAAAAAUAUCCCUACAUCCCCUAAUGAAGAUGUCACUUAUAGAAGAGUUCGACAUGGUAGAAGGGAUUCAGGAAAGAAGCCGAUUGCAAAUAGGCUGACAUUAAGCUUUUCAGAUGAACUGCAUAUGUUUAAAAGUAAACAGAAUAUUUAUGAAUUUCAUCAAGCUGAUAAGAGCAUCAGCAAUAGUACCUCAUUUUCACCAUCUCAAGAAAUUUCUCCUACUGGCCAAUCCGAAAUUUCUAAUAUACAUAGGAGUGAUUUUAUGCAUCUUUCAAUACUGGCAGAAGACCAGAAAGCACACAGGGAAAGUCCUUACAAAUGUAAUGAGUAUGGCAAGGUCUUUCGUCGAAAUUCAGACCUUGUAAGUCAUAAGAGGGUUCAUACUGGAGAGAAACCUUAUAAAUGUAAUGAGUGUGGCAAGAGGUUUAGUCAAAAUUCACAUCUUACGAGUCAUCAGAGAAUUCAUACUGGAGAGAUGCCUUAUAAAUGUAAUUUGUGUGGGAGGACCAUUUAUUCUAUCUCAGGCCUCAGGAGGCAUAUGAUAAUCCAUAGAGAAGCUAAACAAUAUCAAUGUGAUGUAUGUGGCAAAGUCUUUCAUCAAAAUGCGGUCCUUGUAGUUCAUCAGAGAAUUCAUACUGGAGAGAAGCCUUACAAAUGUGGUGAAUGUGGCAAUGUCUUUAGUCAAAAAACACACCUUACAAGUCAUCUGGUAACUCAUACUGGAGAGAAACCUCACAAAUGUAAUGAGUGUGGCAAGUUUUUUCGGGAUAAGAGAACCUUUACAAGGCAUCAACAAAUUCAUACUGCAGUGAAACCUUACAGAUGUAAUGAGUGUGGGAAGUUCUUUCGUGAGAAGCCAACCCUUAGAAGGCAUCAGCAAGUUCACACUGGAGAAAAACCUUACAAAUGUAAUGAGUGUGGCAGAGUCUUUAGUCAAAAUUCAAACCUUGCACGUCAUCAGAGAAUUCAUAAUGGUGAGAAACCUUACAAAUGUAAUCAGUGUGGCAAGCUCUUUAAUAGAAAAGGAAACCUUGCAGUUCAUCAGAGAAUUCAUACUGGGGAGAAACCUUACAAAUGUGGUGAGUGUGGCAAAGUUUUUAGUAAAAAUUCAAACCUUGUGUGUCAUCAGAGAAUUCAUACUGGGGAGAAACCUUACAAAUGUAACGAGUGUGGCAAAGUCUUUCGUUACAAACAGCGUCUUCAAAUUCAUCACAGACUACAUAAUGGAUAGAAACCUUGCAAACGUAUUGAGUGUGGAAAAGCCUUUACUCAGGUCUCAACCCUUGCUACACAUCAGAAAAUCCAUACUUAAGAAAACCCAUAUAAAUGUGUUGUAUGUGGAAAGGUCUUCAAAAUUCAAACUUGAAAAAUUCAAAUUUGAAAACUCACACCUUACAAUUCUUUGGAGAAAUCACAGUGGGGAGAAACUGUACAAGUAUCAUGAGUGUUGUAGUUUUUGUGUGUGCCGCCUCUCUUACCACCAGAUAAUCUAUAAUGGAAAGAAACCUUGCAAGUAUAAUGACUGUCUGCAUGUGUUUAGUCAAAAUUCAUACCUUAUAAUCUGCCCAAGAAUUCAUACUGGAGAGAAACCUUGCAAAUGUAAUGAGUGUGGCAGAUUCUUCAGUGUGCUUUUAAGCCUAACUGGACAUGAGGUAAUCCAUG